AUGGCGACUAUAAAGCACGACAAACGACUCUCCAUCCUCGAUGGUGGCUGGGGUGCGCAGAUGUGUCCUGAUCUCAUGUUUCGGCAGCUUGAAGAAGGAUACGACGAAGGACCAGACAACAUUGCUCUGAUCUGCACACACCAGUCCUGGGGACAUCUGAGGAACAUUGUGGGAGACAAGCCAGUCGCCGGCUGCUUAACCUGGACAUAUCGUCAAUUGAUGAAAGCCGCCCGAGAUCUUGCGCUUGUGUGGGAGGAGUAUGGAGUCAAGAGAGGAGACACUCUUGUUGCCUUUCUUCCAAGUUGCGCAGAGUGGGCGCUUGGCUUCUGGGUCGCGGCCAUACUUGAGCUUACCUUUGUGCCUCUGGAUCCUGCAAGUCUAGCCGUGAACAGCCCCACAGAGCGAGAAUACCCUCUUGAGCUGUUGAAGACCAGUGUCGUACUGGUCUCCGAUCUCAGAGAUGCAUACAACUUUGACGAGCUCUAUCCGGACUUAUCCACACCGGGCAAAGUCAAGAUUGUUUGUCACGAGCAAGUCAACUCCUUCUUCCGUGGCUGGGUCAACUUCGAACCCCCAGAGACAUACAGGCUUCGAGUACCCAGAGCUGGAGACAAANNCCCUAGUCCAGAAGAACGUGAUGUCGCCGAUGAUCGCGUCGCGAUGGUCCUUUUCACUCCAGAAGGCUCCCAACACCCUCCAAAGGGCUGCCCUUUGACUGUUCUAAACAUUCGAACUGCGCUGGUGAACCAGUAUAUUCUUCCACAGCAGAGAUACCUGGUGACUUGCCAGUCCUCGAGCAGUGCAACUCUUGAAGCAGUACUGGUUGCAUGGAAGAGGGGUGCAACCAUUGUAUUUCCAGGAGCCUUCUUUGCUGCACAAGCAACUCUCUCCGCGACCGAAGUUUACCGCUGUACGCGUCUUGUGUGUUCCCCACCACAACUCGAGGAACUGAUCAAGCACCCUUCACGACCACAGAGGGACCUCAGCUCUCUCGAAAGCCUAUCAGUACAUGGAGGGUUAAUGAGCGCGAAAUUGCUAGGCCAGGGACAACACGCACUACAAACUCAAUGGGCGUCAUCGUCUCUGACAAUGGCUGAAGGAUUUGGAGUUCUUGGUUGGCGUAGCGUGUCUCCAGAGUAUCGAACUCUGGACAGUCUCGGCACAGUAAUGCCGGGAUCUCUUGUCAAGGUCUGUUCUGUCGACAGCAGGGAUAUUCGCGUGUUGGGUCGAGGACAAGAAGGCCGGCUUCAUGUUGGUGGCGAUGCAAUGAUCCAAGGUUAUCUUGGCGGUGAGUCCAAAGAACACUUUUACCAGGAUCCAGAUGGCAACAAGUGGUUCGUGACAAGAUUCCUGGCAACCAUGGACAACAACGGGUUGGUGCGAUUGACGACUGAGCUGAAGGUACGUCUCGCGAUUUUUGAAUCUGGCGACUAUUGCUAA